CGGGACUGUUAUGCAUCAAGAUGGAGUCAAAAGCUGAGUGCGCUUGGUGACCGAAGUUGUUUUCGGUAUUAUUGUUAAUCUUUGCGAUAUAAUCUUUUAAAAUGUAAAAAGGGAAACAUCUGAUUGAAUAUGGCGUCAGGUUACAAGCAAAAUCAGAAAACCAAGGAAGGUACCUCUUCUACUGUGUUAGCAGCUGUAGCUCUCCAGGACCACUUGGUAAAGAAUUUAAACUUAGGAGGUCUUGGAAGAAUGGGUCCACGACAGAUUGGUCUAGGCCCUGCAGCCAAAGCAAAACAGAAGAAAACAGUACGAUCAGUUCUGGACACUGGAAGAAACCGAAAUUCAAAACCGAAGAAAGAAGAGCCCAAAGAUGAAGAAUAUAAUUUGGAUCCCAAACCACCACCUCUUACUCUUGCCCAGAAGUUAGGAUUGAUUGAGGCUCCAGACCAGCUGUUGUCAGAGACAGACUGGCAGACAGCUAAGGAGAAGUCUAACAAACGUGAUGAUUCUGGAAUGCCUUGUGUUAUCUGUAAGGAAGAUUUUGGAUUGAAAGAACAAGUCUUGUUGUCUUGUACCCAUGUCUUUCACAGGUCGUGUUUACAAGCUUUUGAGAGAUUCACCGGUAAGAAGACAUGCCCUAUGUGUCGUAAAGAACAGUAUCAAACCAGAGUCAUACACGAGGGAUCUAAACAACAUAGAAUCAAAUGUGCUUCAAGAAUACAGGCAGCGUGGAGAGGCUAUGUUGUAAGAUGUUGGUAUUUGAAAUUCAGACAAGAGGUUCCUCCAAAUGAUCCUAAUCUCAAGAAAAAGUUCUAUCAAGAAAAGCUGUCCAGCAUAACGGACAGAAUGAUUAGGUCAUGUGACUUCAACUUGAACCAGUUCCUGUCUGAAAUCGACCAGAGUUUAGAAGCCAGUAGAAAUGUUUUCCGUAGUUUUGAGACUUCCCUUCACAGAAUCACAGAUGAUGAGUGGGAUCAGAUACAGUUAAAGGCUGUGGAAAGAGGAAAAAUGGAAUGUCCAAUAUGUUUAACAGGACUUGCACUUCCAAGUGACAUUAACGUUCCUGACAAUGCCAAGGUCAAAUCUGUGUUUCACCUGACCUCUGCAGACAGUGUUAAGAAUACCAAACGUACCUCCACACAAAAGACCUCAGAAAAGGGAAGGCAGAGUGUACAAGGUGAAGGUGAUAGUGAGGCUGCUAAUAAAGAAGGCAGACAAACAGUAUUACUGUCAUGUUCUCAUGUGUAUCAUUCAACUUGCCUUGGAAUGUUCGAGGAAUUGACUAUAGUUGAAAAAAAUCGCCAUAAAUGUCCUGUCUGUAGGACUGCAUAUCAAAAGAAAAUCAUUUCUGUCUAGGUGUGAUGUUAGCUCUAUUUGUGUAUUUUCUGUUUAACUUUGAUAGAUUAUUGGUGAAGUAUGAAAACACAUUUUGUCUAUUGAGUUACUUAUGUUGAUUUUGAUUGCUGGACAGUGUACUGUAAAUUCAAUGAUUAUUGCAUGCAUUUAUUAUUGAGAUUUUGUCAUUUAAGACUAAAAUGCGAUUUAAAUUUUUGAGAUAUUCAGAAAAAAACUGUUAAAGUCAUUUAAAAUUUUCAAAAUGCAGGUUUAGAUAACUGUGAUUAUAACCCUGUUGCAAAUCGCAAUAAUAAAAACAUGGCAAUAAUUUCUGAAUUUACAGUAUAAAGCCAAAAUUUGUUUCCGUUAUUGUAUUAAAAUUUGUAAAAUCCAGUUUAAGGCAAUACCAACAAUUACGACACAAUAUGUCUAAAACUAAUGAAAGUGCUCAUAGGAACAUUCCUUUCUAAUGCAUAACAUAAUAAAACAGCAAACAAAAAUUAAAAAAAAUUGUAUCAUAUCAUAAUUCUUGAAAUUUUAAAGUACAUACAAAAAUUAAAAGGCUGUGAAUAAACUCAUCAUAGAUACCAGGACUAAAUUUAGUGUAUAUGCCAGAUGCAUGUUUCGUCUACAAAAAUCUCAUCAGUGACGCUCGAAUCCAAAAAAGUUUAAAAGGCCAAAUAAAUUACA